GAGAGAAAAAAAAACAAAACAGAGAACAGAUACGAGAGCAAGAAAGGGAGAGGCUUCGUUUCACAGAAUGGAUUCAAGACUUGGAGAGCCAGGGUGUCCACAGAGCCAUGCGUGAUUUAUGCAUGUUUGAAGAGCCGUUUUAUGAGAGCCUUAGUCAGGGUGGCUCUCUGUGUCUUUGAGGAAGCAAGUGAAGAGACAGGGAGCAUGCCAGGAGUGGAGCCAGUACGACUUGUCAACACAUAGUUCUUGUUCAGUGCCCGGUUCCUUCUUUCUCUUCUCAACCCUGUUGGCUGGUCUUCUUCUGGAACUGAUGAAGAGGAUCUGAAGCUCAGCGGUACAGUAGUCUUUUCUUUUGAUUGCCCACGAUAAGAUGGUUGAUCCAGGAUAUUCAAACCCCUCUUGUUUUUCCGGUAAAGGGUUAGAGUCCAAAGUCCAACGGCACUUAAAGCUGUGUUUCUGAGAGAAGGUUUUUAAUAGGUGCUCCUCUGUUAGACACAAUAACAUGGCAGGCGCUGAACUGUUUGGGUCAUUGAGAGGAAGCCACUUGCAUGUGACCUGAUUUGACUCCUCCACUCACACACACACACACACACACACACACACACACACACACACACACACACACACACACACACACACACACACACACACACACACACACACACACACACACACACACACACACACACACACACACACACACACACACUUGUGCACAGAGUGUCGUGCACACACAUGUCAUUUGGACGUCAUUUGGAUCUCAUCACCAUCAAGAGCUAGACACAACAAAGACACCGCCAGCAUCUGGCAUUCUUCUGCCUAGAGCGAUGGCAUCAGACGGGGCCACGGGGGACCUCAGGGGCCCCAAAGCCAGCGGAGGGGGGCUGCGGGCCCUGGGCAGCGGGGCGGACCGGCGGACGGUGGACAAGACCCUGAAGAGGCUGGAGAAGCUCCACCAGCUGAGCUCCAACCCGCGGCUGGCCCUGAAGAACAGCCCGCCCUACCUGCCCGACCUGGUGUCCCAGACCAUGAGGGCUCUGACGCAGGUCUGGGAGCCCCACCGUGUGGCCGGGGCGGCGGGCCCGGAGCCCCGGGGGGACGAGGCUGAGUACCUGAGGGUCCACGGCAGGCAGCUGCUGGAUAAGACGGAGCGCGCACUGCUGCUGUUCAAAGAGGGCCGCGACAAGAUGUACGAGGAGACGUCCAACUGCAGGAGGAACCUGACCAAACUGUCCCUGCUGUUCAGCCACAUGUUGUGUGAGCUGAAGGCCCUGUUUCCCGACGGCAAGUUCCAGGGUGACAGCUUCAGGCUCACCAAGACAGAAGCAGAGGAGUUCUGGAGAGGCUCUUUUGGGAAAAAGUGCAUAGUGCACUGGACCGUUCUCAAGGAGCAGCUCAGAGCGGUCCACUUGUUUGAGGAGGGGAUGGAGUCCAUGGCGCUGAAAUCUACGGUAGACCUCACCUGCAAUGACCACGUCUCCGUGUUUGAGUUCGACAUCUUCACCAGAUUGUUUCAGCCCUGGAGAUCACUCAUAAGGAACUGGAACCAGUUGGCAGUGACACACCCGGGCUACAUGGCCUUCCUGACCUACGACCAGGUCAAAACCCGCCUGAUGCACUACCUACACAGGCCAGGGAGUUACAUCUUCAGGUUGAGUUGCACUAAGAUGGGCCAGUGGGCUAUUGGUCAUGUGACCAAAGAGGGGGAUAUCAUUCAAACUAUACCACAGAACACACCUCUCUACCAGGCACUCGUCAAGGGUUUCAAGGCAGGAUGCUACCUCUACCCAGAUGGGCGGGACGUGAACCCAGACCUCACUGGUCUUUGUGAGCCCACCCACAGGAGCAGAGUGGGAGUUACUGAGGAGCAGUAUGAGCUGUACUGUGAGAUUGGCAGCACCUUCCAGCUCUGUAAGAUCUGCACAGAGCGGGACAAGAACAUACGCAUACAGCCCUGUGGCCAUCUACUCUGCCUGCCCUGCCUCACUGCCUGGCAGAAAUCGGACGGCCACUCCUGUCCGUACUGCCGCUGUGACAUCAGAGGGACCGAGUCCAUUGUCGUCGACUGCUUCAGGCCAGGAGGCUGGGAGGAAGAGGAGGAUGGGGAGGUGGAGGACGAUGCUGAGGACGAUCAUGAGGACGUGGAGUUGGUGAUGAAGGAGGUGGCUGCCCUGAGGAAGCUAUCAAGUAAGGAGCACCGUCUGGGCCCCCCAACCGUGCCUCUGAAGCCGGUCGGGGUCCCUGGUGUCCCACCCCAACUGCCUAACCGCCGCCCACUAACACCCCCCCCCAAACCCCCCCGACAAGCGCACUCCCUGGCGGCUCAAACUGGUAAUCACGCAACAACAAAGCACUUGCCUCCAGCCAAAAACACAAGUCAACAGGGGGAGCCAGAGAGCAGCGAGGAGGAGUCAAGCAGUGGCCUGCGACCACCUAAGCCACACCCACGUUCUCUCAGUAUGGAAUGCCUCAGAGACACACAGAAACCUAAGUCGAAAAAGGGUGAAAAGGGUGAAGCAGUAUGGCAAGUUUCUGAUCUGGACACAGAGUACCCGUCUGUGAGAGGACGAGGGAAGAGGAGAGAAGAGCUAAAGCAAGAGGCCUCGCCACAGAAAGAGGUGGACAGAACCAUGUACACGUGACCCUUCUUUUUUUAUUUUAUAUGAGAAGGGGGAAGGCACUGGUUACUCCAUCACUGUAAUUGACCAAGUGUGUUCCUUAUAGUCAUAAGCAACAGAUAUAGAUAAUGGAUUGUAUUGGGUUAUUAUCCAAUCCGUGCAUUUUAAUAGCUAUUUGGUAACUAUAGCUUCCUCUUCCAUUAGAUACAAAACUCAUUAAAUGUUUUGAACCUUUAAUUUGUACGUGUUUUCCCUUGCUGCCAAUAGAGAUGUUUUAUUAAUACAUUUGUGACCAGAUCAUAAUGGGAACAUUAGCUCAGCUAAUGUGGAUUAUAAAACUGCUGUUAUGUGCUACCUCAUCAUCUUGUAUGAUAAUCCAUUGUGAUAAAAUGUAAUUUAACACGUUUGUACUUUUGAUAAAAAAGCGGAUGUACCUCGUUUGUUAAUAAAUGCCGAUAAUGACCCAACCUUUUCUCUCCAGAUAAUUGAUGUGCUGUAUUGUCUGAAUCUUAGCUUUUCUAACAGGUCAGUCAACUGCAAACGCAACAACAGGGAUGAGCAGGUAGACAUUGCUUUUAUUCACCAUUUCACUUUCUGUCGAUCUUGGACUUCUCAGCUGGCAGCAGACUUUUUGAGGAGUUUAUGAGUUGGAUUCAAGUGGGAUAAAAGAAGCAAGGAAGAGAUUGGAGAAGAGGGACAAGAUGAAGGAGGAGGGGAGCGUUGUACUCAAUCUGCUUGGCCAGUUCAGGGGUUGGCAUCCAGUGUGGUUUGGAUCCAGGAGAGGAACUCGUACACCUUGACGUACACGCCGGGGUAGUUGGGCUCAGCGCAGCCCUGUCCCCAGGACACCAGACCGGUGAGCACUCCCUCACACACCAGUGGGCUUCCAGAGUCCCCCUGUGAGGGAGAGGGAGAGGUAGAAACAGGCAGGAGGACGGGGGUGAACAUGGACUUGGUGUACAAGACAGACUGCAGACCGUUGAUGGGCAGUGUCCAAAAUCAUUCCCAAUGUAAGGCUGUAUUUGGAUCAUCACUAAUUCAUCCUGCUGUCCUAAAUCAAGUGCUGUCUGAUUGUAGAAAUCUGGUAGCCUGUAUAGUGCACUACUACUUAAAACAGCAAUAUGUACGAUUGACCCCCACAGCUAGUAGGCGGCACGUAACUCGGCUGGCUGGGUGGCUGGGUGGGAGGGGAUUUGGGAGUGUCAAUAGUAGGUUUCUUGUAAACAAAGAGAGAGGUUCAUUUGUAGAAUAUAUCAGUUAUAGGAUGGGAUUUUAUUGAUAAUAUUAUUGAAUCACUAUUGAUCAACAUUGACAACAGUUAUGUCAAGAUAAUUCAUAGCUACAAGCUAUUAUAAAUGUAAUGUAAUCCAGCUUUAAUGCCCCUAAUGCACUGUCCAACAAAGUAUACAAGCUAUGUACACUCUUCACUAGACUAGCGUAGGGCAGGAAAGUCUCCCAGCCAAACGCUUCUGGGUUCAAACCCAUAGCCAAACUGCUCCUUGUGCCCCUGUUUGUGUGUCCAUCCUGAUGUAUAAGAGACAGAUCCGCCUACCUAUUGGACUGUGCCAACUGAUAGGAUGAUGAUCCAUAGAGCAUCUGGAUGGCUGACCCAUGUGUGAUGUCACUACAGGCUUGUUCUUUAAAUUACCUGUGGUGGCUAAUCAACGUCAAAACCGCUGGUUGAAAUGGGGGCCUCAUAAAAUUACAUGUAUAGUGCACAUAAUUAAAAAAAUAACUGAAUAAAUUUGGAAAAAAAUACAUGCGUCCGUUUAAUUCAUUGACUAGUAAAUAGUAAAUCUCACGUUGCAAACGUCCCUGCCCCCAUCCAUGAAUCCGACGCACAUCAUCCUGGGGGUGAUCAUGCCCGGGUAGGAGGCCUCGCAGGCAACUGGCUCCACGAUGGGCACGUCCAGACACUGCAGCCUGGUGGGCAGGUUCACUAUUGAAGGAAGCACAGCAUUAGCUUCGUUCACUCCUCAGUCUGGACAAAACAAGCAGCAAGAUUAGUUUUUUUUCCGAAAACAUGUCCCAGUCUGGUUAAAGCUGGUGUGGUAAGCUCACCCUCUCCACCCAUGGCCAUGUUGCCCCAGCCAGACACGGAGCAGAGCAUGCCCCCGUCAGGGAGGCCCGUGGGCAGGGAGAUGGGGGCCACUGACUGGGUCACCUCCACGGGAUGGUACAGCUUGAUCAUCAUCAUGUCGUAGUCCAGCGUCUGGUAGUCAUACCUGCCAUCAGAGAGAACAGCGAUGGGAAGAUGUUGGCGGCAGGGUUUAUGUAGUGGCUAGUAUGGUCCGGCUCCCAGUGUGAAGGUACAAGGUCGGACCUCAAUCCCCCAAUGUCUGCAGCUU